ACAUUCGCAGCGGGCAUCACUGAGGCUCUGGCUUCCACGAAAUCCCGGAAGGGAGGGCCUCUAACAUGCCGCUGGCGGACCUUGGAUCGCUGUUUCUGAAUCACGUCGUCUUCUUAACCCACCUAGUGUACAUCUGCAUCUUCUUCACGAAUGCCGAGCCUAGCCUUUUACUUCCCCUUUAUCUUCUCUCGAAACUCUUUGCCAGCCGGCCAGAAGAUCUCGAUUCGCCAAGUCCGAUAUGGCCCCCUCCAGUUCCCAAAUGGCACCGGACGUGACGAACUCUGGAUACGAAUCUCCUACCGAGAACAGCCAGCCGCCUUUCUUCACCUCUUACUUCCCCGACAACGCGCAGUCAGCUCCGCUCGCUUCUGAUAGAGGCGCCAACCGCCCGGGUUUCUUUUCUCGGCGCUCCUGUCUCACGCACCCUCAGUCGAGAGCAUCGGGAGGCAGCCCGAGCCGUCAGGCGGACGGGGAGUCACAAACUGCGGCUAGUUCCAGUCUUGCCCAUUCGUUUUCCGGCGAAGGAGAAGCGCCUUCAAAUGCCAAAGUCUCCAUUCGGGAUCGCAUUGCCUGUUACCAGUGGACAUGGUUCACCAUGACCAUGGCGACCGGCGGUGUUGCAAACGUGAUAUACGUUUUGUCGUACCGGACCGACUGGCUUGAUGGCAUCGGCUUAGCCUUCUUCCUCUUCAAUAUCUUUCUAUUUAUUCUCAACUGUGCUCUCAUAACUAUUCGCUUUUGCCUGCAGCCUGGCUCUUUCAUGGACUCAUUUACAGACCAGACAGAGUCUCUUUUCAUUCCAUCCUUCUUCGUAUCGAUUUCUAUGAUUCUCAUAAACAGCUGCCAGUAUGGGGUGCCUCGCGUGGGGCCCUGGUUGCUCCAGACCAUGGAGGUCAUGUUCUGGAUCAAUAUGGCUCUCAGCGUGAUAGCCAGCGCAGUCAUUUACCUAAUCCUCUGGUCCAGCUUGAAAUUCCCAAUUCACACCAUGACUCCCGUCUGGGUGUUCCCGGCGUACCCCUUGCUCUUGAACGGCCCGUUUGCGGCCAACCUCGUCGCCGCUGCCGUUACAUCUAAUCAAGAGCUCUCCAGCCCGAUUGCAGUAGCACUUGCAGCCCUCGCGGUACAAGGAACCGGCUUCCUUAUCGCUCUCAUGAUAUCGUCCGCCUUCAUUUAUCGGCUGAUGACCCAGAAGCUUCCUACAGACGCUCAGAGACCCGGUGUAUUCAUCUCGAUUGGUCCCUAUGCUUUCACUAUGACAGGCAUUGUGCAACUGGGCAACCACGCGGACGUGAUCAUUCCCCAAAACUUCAUGGGCGCCGAGCAGGCUGUUCCUAUUGUGCGGAUCAUGUCUCUACUGGUAGGGGUUUGGCUAUGGGGUGUUGCCUUGUGGUUUUUCAUGGUGUCCGUCGGAUCCCUAUGGAAGUACGUCAAGCCCGACCGGAAGAUGCCUUUCAUGAUGACUUGGUGGUCGUUCGUCUUCCCCAAUACGGCCUUGGCCGCGGCAACAGCGGCCAUGGGCUCGGUCUUUGACAACGACGGUCUGAAAGUCCUAACUGCGGUCAAGACGGCAUGCUUGGUGUUCGUUUGGGCCAUUGUCUUCGUCACCAUGCUCAGAUCUCUGAAGAAUCGCACGCUGUUAUGGCCCAAGACCAGCGAUUAGAGACAGGAGACGUUUGGACAGGGUUGGCCCACGAAAGGGUCCGCUUGUUGAACAGACCGUAGUUUUUACGGUUACGUAACGGACCGGAUUUGACUGCUGGAAUUCAACGGUGAGGCCACUUGACGAUGAGAAUUCAACAUGGGCAAAACAAGACCCAGAACUAUUGCGUCACGCAUUACAAAGGAUAUAUCGUGUGACCUCGAAGGCCUGUAUUCAUGCCAUGAAUGGGUUUAGAGGAGGGAAGCUCCCUCGGGACAACUCGGUGUGCUCGGAUGAAGUCGGAGAUGGGCGUGUACACUGAAGCUGUAGAAUAGGGGAUGGCAAAGGGCCCGGGCCGGCAAGAGACGGGUAAAGGCGGGGAUGAUGGCCUAGGGUAGGCGGAUUCGUGACAGGUUCUUGGGAUCGGAGAAGU